AUGGAUUAUCUCCUAUCGAGACUCGACCCUUCUAUGACCCCGGUGGCGCCGCCGCCUCCCGGUGUAGUAAGCAACUUCGUAGAUCCACCAUCGGUAGCGUGGGGACCGCGACUAGCUGUUUAUCUGACAUUCCCGCUUUUGAUUCUCGUCGCUUGCCUUCGAUUUGCAAGUCUCAUUGAUCGCAUGGAAGAUGUGGACGACUCCAAUGGGCGACAUAGUUGGGACACGCCGCUAACCACAUAUGAUGCCUCGUACUUCAAGAAAAACUUUGCCUCCAUCAUUGUCUAUAACGUCACUGCCACGUUGGCUAAGACCUCAAUUUUGGCUCUGUAUCUUCGGAUUUUCCGUCCGUUUCAGGCAGCUGUUGUCAUGAUCUGGGUCGGAGCUGUGGUGACAAUACUAUUGUAUACGGCGACUUCAAUCGUAGCAAUGGUCUCCGACAUCCCACGCCCAGGUGAUGGGGGAUGGGGAUCAGAAAAGACCAAUCUAAGGUCGGCGAAACCUUCCGGGCAGCUACUUGCUGCAGCAGGUGUAGGGGGUACGGUGACGGAUUUUUACGUGUUCUUACUCCCUAUCUAUUUCGUCUCAAAGAUUUCUAUGCGGGUUAACAGAAAGAUUGGCGUUGGCUGCCUCUUUCUAGCUGGUCUCAUACCAUGCGCCUGUUCCACUGUCGGUACUGUCUUCCGGUUCCAGUUCCUCUCAGCCACGACCGGCAUCGAUGGCACAUGGGUGGGGACUCAGAUGCAAGCACUUGCGUACGGACAACCUGUUUCAUCCUAUAAGUUUGCAGUUGUCGCUAACAAACUAGGAUACAGAAUCACCGAAAUCAAUACUGGCAUUUUCUGCGGCUGCAUGCCUGUCGCGUUUUGCCUGUUCAAAUCAACUUAUCAAUGGAUUGAGUCUGGUCUGGUGUCUUUCAAAGACCUCUUUAACUCCCUUCGAAGUAGGUCGUCCAUGAAAGCAGAAUCUUCCAGUAAUAAAAGCGAUGCUGCUCCAAACCUCUCAGAAAAGAUACCAAGAGGCAUCGUGACUGGACUGCGAUCAUUCAUGCAGAACGGUCUCCGGUCUAAGGCUGAGAAAACUGGAGCCGAUGGUACUAUCCCAUCCUACGUAGAUCUGCAUUCCAUCGAUUAUGAGACUUUCGGUCGAGUUUAGUGAAA